UUCAAGUCAGCGGAUCUGUCGCGGUUCCGCCUUCACCAGAACAGUCACAAUGUAAACAAACUCUCCUUCAUGAGGAUCAUCAGCUCCUGCGCGGACCUGAUUGGAUGUUUCCGUCGUCAGCAUGGCUUCCAGUUUUUCUCCUCCCAAACUGUCAGACUUCAUCCUCACGGAGCGCCUCGGCAGCGGCACAUACGCCACCGUCUACAAAGCCUACAGGAAGGGCGACAGUCGGGAGGUGGUGGCGGUGAAGGUGGUUUCCAAGAAGUCUCUGAACAGAGUCUCUACAGAGAACCUGCUCACAGAGAUAGAAAUCCUCAAAACCAUGAGACACCCUCACAUCGUGCAGCUCAAAGACUUCCAGUGGGAUGCUGAGAAUAUCUACCUGAUCCUGGAGUGGUGUUCUGGUGGAGAUCUGUCGUGCUUUAUUCGAAGUCGCAGGAUUUUACCUGAAACUGUGGUCCGGCGCUUCCUGCAGCAAAUCGCCUGUGCCCUGCAGUUUCUUAAUGAGCGAAACAUCUCUCACCUGGACCUGAAACCUCAAAACAUCCUGCUCAGCGGGUCCAUCCUAAAACUGGCAGAUUUUGGCUUUGCUCAGUACAUGUCUCCGUGGGAUGAGCAGAGUUCCCUGAGAGGCUCUCCGCUCUACAUGGCUCCGGAGAUGGUGUGCCGACGGCAGUACGACUCCAGAGUGGAUCUGUGGUCCGUGGGCGUCAUCCUCUACGAGGCACUUUUUGGGCGUGCACCAUUCGCAUCAAGAUCAUACGCUGAACUGGAGGAGAAGAUCCGGAGUAACCAACCUAUUGAGCUGCCUCCCGGGGCCCGAGUAUCCAAGAACUGCAGAGACCUUCUUCUGCGGCUGCUGGACAGAAACCCAGACGCCCGGAUCACCUUUAAAGAGUUCUUCACGCACCCUUUUGUGGAUAUGGAGCACAUGCCGAGUGCAGAAAGCCUAGUGAAAGCGAAGGCGAUGGUGCUGCAGGCGGUUCAGAAGGACCAGGAGGGAGAGAGAGACGCCGCACUCUGUCUCUACUGCAGCGCUUUGGAGCACUUUGUCCCCGCUAUCCACUACGAGACAGACCGACAGCGUAAAGAAACUCUCCGACAGAAGGUGCGUCAGUACGUUUCCAGAGCCGAGGAGCUGAAAUCACUGCUGGCCUCGGACAACAGGCUGAGUUUUGAGGAAGCCCGGAACUCCAGGGAUAUCCUCCGAGAAAUGUCUCGAGAUAAACCCCGGCUUCUCGCUGCUCUGCAGGCGUCGUCUGCUGCCAUCACUAAGGAGGAGCGUGGGCAGGGGGAUCAGGAGGUGCUGGAUGCGUACCAGCAGUGUUUAGGAGAACUUCUGCUGGCGCUGGCAGGUGAGCCUCAGGGCCGCCGCAGAGAGCUUCUCCACAGCGAGAUUAAAAGCCUCAUGAGCAGAGCUGAAUACCUCAAAAAGAAUAUCAAGAUGCAGGAGACUCAGAGUGACGCGUCUCUGGAGCGUGAAUCUUUGGCAGACUCUGUCAGAAGCUCUUGCUGUGUGCAGUGAGGCUGACGGUCACCGUGGGAACUGAUGACGUACACACACACUUCUCCUGAACACACACACACACACACACACACACACACACACACACACACACUCUUCACCUGAUCAUAUGAUGGGAGAAAGCAGCUGCUUCCAGAUGUGGUCGAUGUCGUGGUUGUUCCUGGAAAGUUGUGUUUGGCAGGUCCUCUUCCUCUUCCUCUUCCUCCUCCUCCUCUUCCUCCUGCUCUUCCUCUUCCUCCUCCUCUAUUCAUAUGUAAAUGCUGGACAGCUUGUACUCUGUCAUGGUAAACGAGUUACACAAAGAGUUGCAUUUAUUUUAGCGGAAAACACUCAACGGUAUUUAGAGUACACCUAAAAACUGUGAAAAUACAAUCAAAUGGGACUAUAGGGUAAUACAGGCAAAAACAUAUUUUGCUACCAUAACAUGUCUUCUUUGCAAAAAGUGGAAAGAAAACAUCAUAAAUGCACGUUAAGAUGUUCAUAAUAGUAACUUUAUCUCUAGAUUUAUCUUAAACCAACCAAAAGUUAGCAUUACAUAAAGCCUAAUUUGCAUAUUUCAGCAUUUCUGGAAAAACUUGUAAUA